GGUCACACUCCGAGCCUUGUGGUCGGAACGAAACUUACUGGGAAAUAAGCACGACAAAACUCCCCCUGGAUUACUGUAUACCUUUACGUUUUACUUUUGAACUUAAAAAAAGCAGAACUCUUGGUCGUUUUCCCAGUAUUUCCUACACCUCCGAUAGAGACCCUUGCCGCUGACCUACACAAUGACUCGGGCGAUUGUAACUUUGUUAUUCAACGACAGCUACUUACCGGGAGCGUUGGCUCUUGGAGUCAACUUGAAAACACUUCUUAACCACACUGAGCGGCUGGUUAAGUUGGUGGUCAUGGCCAACAAGGACAACUUCUCCGAAUACCAAUUCAGUUUACUUCAUGAACUCUACGAUGAAAUCAUCCCAGUGGAAUCGUUGCGCUCGUCGCUUUCUGCCAACCUUGAGUUGAUGGACCGCGCGGACUUGGCUGAAACUUACACCAAGGUUCAUCUAUGGGGCUUGACUCAGUUUGAGCUGGUUCUUUACUUAGAUGCGGAUACCUUACCACUCAUUACUCAGGACUCUGUUUUGGACUUGUUUAACUUGGAUAUUCCAGAGGGCCACAUUGCAGCGGCCCCAGAUAGUGGCUGGCCGGACAUUUUCAACUCCGGGGUGUUCAUGUUACGGCCAAACACCCAGGAUUAUGGAAAUUUGUUGCGCUUAGCGCAUAGCCAGGACGCAUCCGUCUCUUUCGACGGUGCCGAUCAAGGUUUGUUGAACCAGUACUUCAACACGGAGUACAACCAGGCGGUGAUUCCACUCCCAGAUUCAUUGUCAGCGACGGAAAUCUCUCGUAAGCCGUUUUCUGCAAACAAAUGGAUCAGAUUGCCGUUUUUGUACAACACAACACCGUCUGCGCACUACCAAUACUUACCAGCCUUCGAGUUCUUCCAGCACCAGGUCAGAUUGGUACAUUUCAUUGGUCCUGACAAGCCAUGGCACGUUGGCAACGUUUACGAGACCUCAGACGGGAACGCGCUUUUGCACUUGCACAAAUUGUGGUGGGACUCCUUCUACACUUACUACGAGGGUUCUUUGGCUGAGUUGCACGUUAUGCAUGGUGCGGGACACGAUUCCUCCAGACAGCCGUUGAGAGACGUGUACCAGUUGUGUUUCUGGGAGAAGGGCUUGAGUUUCGCGGAGAGAAUGCAACUUGCGUGGAAGUACGAGACGCUCAGGGAGUUGAGCAGGGCUCGUGUGGCUGAGUUCGUAGGCCGCGACUUUUCCUUCGAGGAAGGCCAAGGGGAAGAAAACGACCCUCACCUGCAAGUUGAUGAACCACCUGUGGAGACCGAACCUGUGUCUUCCUUCGACCCUGCUACGCUCUGCGACCCUGAGGCGUUCAAGAACUUCCAGACCAUUGAGCCCUCAGACAUCUGGAAUCCUGCGACGGAGGAACCCCCAAGAACCGAGCCAGCCGUGACGCAGACCUUCAACUUUGACACGUAUGGAAACUCCUGGGACGAGGAACCCUAUUCCGAGCUCUAUGUUGAACCGCCAGCGGUACAGGAGUCUCAACCCGACCACCAGCCUUGGUUCGGUGGCCACUCCGAUUACACGGCCGAGAGAUCAUGGGGCGAAACUGAAUACGUCAACACCUCAGAGCUUGAGGUUCAAGAUAAAGCGACGGCCCCAAAAGAGCCCGUGGUGGUCCUGCAGGUAAGGGAGAAGACUCCAGAACCAGCCGUGGACAGGCCAAAGCCGCUUUUCCCGUGGGAACGCAGGCCAGCCACUGCUGUGGAACGAGUGUUUGCCACGUCUGAACCUGAGUACGAGUUUGGCGAAAAGUUGUUGAAGCUUUUGCGAGCCCAGCAGGUAGAACAGGAAAUGGAGGAGAACGCCCAACAGGAAUUGGCACAACUUGAGCCCGAGGCAUCGGAGGAAUUGACCGCAGACGUGAAUGCCGACGAGUUCUUGGUGACCACCGAAAGACUCAGUGCCCUUUCCACGGUUCAGGACGAUGAAAAUGACUUGUAGCAUCUCCGUCCCGUGCAUGUUUAUCGGGCCUGCAUGCUGCAUAUCAGGCUUCUAGCCGUUGUUACACACACGAUUUAUAUUUAUAAUAGAAGCUCCAAUCAAUUUUGAAGCUGUGACCCAA